UCAACAGCAAGUGUCGUCAACGAGCAACGCCGUCAGUGGGUUUUUUGUUUUUAAUUUUAAAAAAUUCUUCUAUUCGAUAAUUUUUUUUGCAGCAUAUUUGCUCGAUCCCAAACAAGCGAAGGAUGCCAUUCCUCGGACAGGACUGGAGGUCGCCGGGACAGUGUUGGGUUAAAACCGAGGAGGGAUGGAAAAAGACAACCGUGGACGAGAAAAACAACAACAUCUCCGUGGAGAGGUUUGUCAUCAAAAUGCCUUCUGCAAAGCCGAGCAUGAGUGUUUCAACAAGGAGAACUUGCUGCUUUCUCUCAGCUAUGACAUGUCUGCCAAGAAGAGGAAAAAAGACCUCAUGAACAACAACACCAAGGUCCCAUAUUUCCACAGGGAAAAGUGGAUUUAUGUUCAUAAAGGAAGCACCAAGGAGCGCCAUGGCUAUUGUACCCUGGGGGAAGCCUUCAACCGCUUGGAUUUCUGCAGCGCCAUCAAGGACACGAGGAGGUUCAAUUAUGUGGUCAGACUCCUGGAGCUUAUCGCCAAGUCGCAGCUCCCCUCACUCAGCGGCGUGGCUCAGAAGAACUACAUGAAUAUUCUGGAGAGGGUGGUGCAGAAAGUGCUCGACGACCAGCAGGAUGUGCGUCCCAUCAAAGAGCUGCUACAGACGCUCUAUCUCUCGCUGUGCGGUCUGGUUCAGGACAUGGGCAAGUCUGUGCUGGUGGGGAAUAUCAACAUAUGGGUGCACCGCAUGGACAAUAUCCUGCAAUGGCAGCAGCAGCUAAACAACAUCCAUAUCAACAGGCCAACAUCAACAGGCAUGACGCUGAUGGAGCUGCCUGCCAGCCUGCAGCUGAACAUCAUGCAGCGUCUUUCGGAUGGCAGGGACUUGGUGUGCCUGGGCCAAGUUUGUCCAGAAUUGGGGGGCCUUGCUGAGGACCGCCUGCUUUGGAAGAGACUCUGCCAGUACCACUUCACAGACAGACAGAUCCGAAAGCGUCUGAUGGUCUCAGACAAAGGUCACCUGGAAUGGAAGAAGAUGUACUUCAAGCUGAGUCGCUGCUAUCCUCGCCGAGAGCAGUACAGCGACACUCUGCACUUUUGCUCACACUGUCACAUCCUUUUCUGGAAGGACACAAAUCAUCCCUGCACUGCUAACAACCCAGAAAGCUGCACCAUGGCCCUGUCCCCUCAAGACUUCAUCAACCUUUUUAAAUUCUGAUGCGCUCCCACCCUCUGAAAGAGAUGAGCUGCGUGUACAUACUGUACAUUAACAUGUAUGUUUUGUUUUAUCGAUUCCGGCAUGUAUAUUCAGAUGAGAUGUCUGCAAUUGAGAUUUCGGUUUGUUUACGUUUUUAGGUAAGAGGCUGUCAUUGUUAAGUGAGUGAAGGAGCGCUCAGGAAUUUUGGAGCAAUCCUCCUUGAGCAAGAAGUGGGAGCAGUAGAAGUGAGGAAAUGCAGUAGUUUUAAUUUGUUGUUGGUUAUAGUUGAUUUCAAGGCAGGAAUUUGGAAGGUUAUUCAUACGAGUAAAUAUGUAAAAUGAUUAUUUUAUAUUGUAUUGUUAUAGCUGACCACAUUGGGAGUACAGUGUUUAAAGCACAGAGGGUAUGGUUUGGUUUGGCACUGCUAUUACUCGAGGCGUCAGUACUGACGAGAAAUCAAAUGGAAGCAACCGGGUGUAAAUGCACCAUGUUUUUUUAAAAAUUUACUUUUACACUUUUAUAAAGAUUUGAUGCCUUUUUUAAUGUCUUCAUUUUCUGCCGUGGCUGCUAUUGCAAUUGUUUAUGACUGAGAUGCGUGCAACUUGGUGUGCCUUAUUGCAAAACUUGAAACUGGUACAUUAUUCCAGAUCCUGAUGCUGUUUAAUGAUUUUGAACACAAUCGUGUAUUUUCUUAGAUACCAAAGAGUAUGUGGAACAUCAUUUUUUUUUUUAAUAAAGCCUCCUGCAUGUUAAAGCAUCAUGCUGCGUAUUUAUUAAAAUUCUGGUUAAGUAGCUCAGCUUGUUUAAAUGGGUUUUGAAAGAACUGCAGUCAUAUCCAGACUUAAUCUUAGCACUGCUCUACCAAUUGUUGUACUUAAUAUGCAAAGCAUUCUGUAAAUGUCUGUUAUGUCAAUAAAAUGUUUACUUUCAAAA